AUGACAGCUGGAACUGUUGUCAUAACCGGAGGAAUACUGGCCACAGUGAUACUUCUCUGUAUCAUAGCUGUGCUUUGUUACUGUAGACUCCAGUACUACUGCUGUAAGAAGAAUGGGUCUGACAGCGGCUCCAUCUCUCAGCAACACUUUGCCUGCAAUGCCUGCAGUGUCACAGGCCUGGACGGGUCAAUCGUCACCCCACUGUCCCUGUCACCGCCAGAGCCGUCGGGAUCCUCCAACUUCACCAAACCCAGAGGGGGGCGACGCAGCUACUGCCCCACCUGCUCACCCUACGACUCACCCUUCUACAUCCGUACCACUGAUGAGAUGCGCAAUGGUGGCGAGCGCAUCACCUACAUGCCCACACACUAUGAGAACCAGGCACUGGCGAUGCCGCUGCCCGCUGUCCGAGGCUCCCUGUUGAGAGAGACUCAGCGAGGGCGGCCUCCUGAUUUCUACACCAAUACCCGAGCCAUCAGCACUGAGGUGUGA